AUGGUACAUGUGGGUGAAGGUAAUCAGCCUGUCGCGGGGGCCGAGCGCCGCAACAGAUCGCCCUACUACUACGCCGACCUCUUCCGGGAGCGCGACGAACCAGAGCCGCCGCCCCCGCCGCUGCCAGCGCCCUCUCUGCGCCGCCAGCAACAGGGGUACCGGAAGUGCGUGAGCCUCGACGCAGCCGCGCCUUCGUGCCCCACCAGCCAGCAGCGGCCGAGCGCUGCGGCAGGGGCGCGCGCCUACCGCAAGAGCGCCAGCCUCGACGCCACGCCGCUGGCGGCGCUGCUGCUAGAGGCGCCCCCCUCCACACACCAGCAGCAGCAGCCAGCCCCACAGCCCGGGGGACAUGCGCCCAUGCCGCCCCAGCACCGACGAGUCGCUGCCUACCAGCAGGUGGCGUCGUGUUCCUGCGCGGGCGGAAGUGCGACGGAAGAGCCCGGGCAGCCGCAGCCACAGCAGGCCACGCCUCCGCUAGGCGACGACGCACGCUUCAGCGACAGCGACGCGGACCUCGACGACGAGUACCUGGACAUGAGCGGGCAGCCGCGCGCGCGCCGGCACAUCUACGAGACGGCGUUCGACUGCCGCGUCGACCGCGCCGCCGCCACCGACGACACCGAGGACAUCGACCGCCUCUCCAACCACCCUGCACUGCACGGUUUCUCCAAGGUACAGUACGCCCGCUGCAUUCCCUGCGCGCGUAUUACUACGCUCCCCAGCGCCACGCCAGCGGCCGCCGCCCCCGGAGUGGUUUCGCUGGCGCCGCGCGCCGGGCCCUCUGACGACCCGUCCGGCCUGGGCAUCUUCACACCCAAGGACCUCCGGCGGCGCGUGCACCAGCGCCGCGUCACGCUCGUCGACGACACCAGCCUGUCGCGGGACCUCGACUCGCUCGACCUGGACGAGGACGACGAAGACGAGUCUCGCCCGGCGACUGCGGCCGCGGGGGCGUUCAGCAAGCCUCCGGGGGCGGGCGCGGGGGCGGCUUCGGGCGCUCGCAGCGCGCCCUGCCUGCCCGCCUCCGCUCCCGAGUCCGGAACCACCGCAGGCCGCCUGAAGGACGCGCGGCUGCCCGUCAAGUCGCUGCGAGCCAGGGAGGGCCGGCCGGCGGCGGGCAGCAAGUUCUCCAGCACGGAGAGCAUGGCGACCAGCAGCAGCGGCGGCAGCCUCGAGUCCAUCCGCUCCAGCACCAGCGAGGGCAACCGCUCCACCAGCAGCUCCGACAGCCGGCGCAGCACCUCGCUCAGCUCGCAUAGCUCAGACUCCAGCGGCGCCGACAGGUACCACCUGCCUCUGGGGAGCGGCAUGCAGACGACGCCCGGCAGCGGCAUGGGCGGCGGCGUGGGCGGCGGCAUGGGUCGCUUCAGCAACAAACUGCACAUCCUGUCGCCCAUUUCCGACAAGUCGUCGCAGGAGCCCGCCUCCUCCACGGAGACGUCGGACAACAACCGCAACAACAACAGCACGCGCGCCUCGCCAGAGGACCAGGGUGGAAUCACCCCCACCAACGAGACCAACACCAACACCAACACCAACACCAACGUCACCGCCACCAUCACCACCAGCAACGGGCCCGGCGGCGCAGUGACGCAGGCGGAAGGGCGGUUCGCGAAGCGGCAGCGGGCGCCGCAGAACCGCAACCUGAUCAACCUGAUGGGGCUCCACCAGUCGUCGGGCGAGGCCGAGGUCCAGGGCUCCGACAGCGGCAUCUCCAUAGAGUCGCGCACCGGCCACCAGCACCCGGGCGACUUCUCGGAGCUACCGUUCGACAUGCCCAAGUUGCGGCGGCGGCAGCGCCAACUUCAGCUGCAACAGCAGCAGCUCAGCGACGCCUCCUCCGUGGACCUCGCUGACCUGCCCUUCGACAUGCCCAAGCUGCGGCGGCGCAUGCGCAACUCGCUCGGCGCCGGGCUGGCGCUAUCGUCGGCCGACGCGGGCAGCACCGAGUCCAGCGCGUCUUCGAGUCAGGGCGGCCGAAGGGACAGCCAAGGUGUGAGCGCGCGGCCCGGCCUCAGCCUGAACUUGGGCGGCGGCGACGCGUCGUCGUCCGCAUCGCCUCUUCGACGGCCAGCGCUGUCGCUCGACCUGCCGGCGGGAGUCGCGGCGCAGCCGGGCUCCAUCGACGUCUCCUUACCGCUCGAGAGGCAGGGGUGGUACCAUGGUGCCUUGUCCAGAGUGGAGGCUGAGAAUGUCCUCAGAGUCCUCCGUGAGGGCUCAUACUUGGUGCGCAACAGCGAGUCAGCCAGACACGACUAUUCACUGUCACUGAAGGGUGCCCGUGGAUUUAUGCACAUGCGUAUCCAGCAAAACAAAGAAUCAGGCAAAUUCAUCCUCGGCCAGUUCAGCAAACCAUUUGACAAUAUUCCUGAGAUGAUUCAGCACUACACAGUCAACCAAUUACCAAUCAGAGGAGCAGAGCAUAUGUGCUUACUGCAUCCAGUGAUAGAACAAUUGCUCUAGCUACUCUCCAGUCCGCCGUGGAUCAUACUGCGGCAGGACUUGUGACUUCAUCGGAUGCUGCUAUUGCUGUGUAUGAAGAAAGUGGGUAUCAUUCAGAACACUGAAUGUCUUACCUACUAACUCAUAAACUGAAGGUGUAAAUCAGUUACCUUGACCUGAGGGAAAAGUCAUCUUUCAACUGCUGCUGUAUGGUCAUGUUGAAUUAAUUCUGGAUCCAUUAUUUCAAAAAGGCUGACAGAAAUUCUGGAAGAAAAUGGUCAGAUUUUUUUUCUUUUUACCCAGAUGAGAUACCUUCAAGCAACAGACAAAAGAGAAAAGUCUGGAUAUGUCAUUACAUAAACAGUGCAGUGAUUAUAAUUUUGACACUAAUAAUGUUUUAUAACUUGUAUAGCUUUUUAGUAGAUUUAAACCCAUUGUGCAAUGCCUGUAAAAUAGGAGUCCAUGUAGAUAGUUGUCAUGUGGAACAUUCCAAGCCAAAGAGUAGCUGUGAAGAAUUUUAUUAUACAUACAGAUAUCUAUCGACACAGAACAUAAAACAGUAGUUGCUGAACUAUAUUUCUUAGCUAGAAUAGGAUGUUUAUAUUUGUUGUUGCUGUGAUCUCAUUUUCUGUAUGUAUGAGGAGAAACAGUGUUUAUUUUGAAGGUGGGAAGAUUAUAUUUCAAUUGUAGUACUAUUAAGGCAGUUACGAGAGCCAUGUAACCGAGAAAUAUGGCAGAUGCAUCUUGAUUCUUAUGUUGAAGAUACUAGAAUAAUCCUAUUGGCAAAUUCUGUCUUUCAUAUUAUGUUAACAAAUAUUUUUUGUGUAUCUGAAACUGGUAGUAUUCUUGUCUGUUGUCAACAUCAGCCAUUGGAUGUGUGACAAAAAACUGUUCUUACCCCGUUCUGAUGAGCUUUGUCUUAUUUCCUGCUUCACUCUAUAUAUUUUUGUGUUAUGAGAAUGUCUUCUCUUAGUAAAUUUCCUUACUUUUAGUAUA